UAUUCUGAAGUUUUAACUCUCAUUUCCUGAAAACUAGUUUUAAUUUUUUGCCUUAAAUUUGGUUGUCCCUUGAGCCCUGGUGAGAGCCACCGGUGUUUAUGAGUCUUUGUUGCGUUGAUAAUAAGGUAAAAAAGAAGGAUAUAUAAGAGAAGCAAUAUGGCCACAAAAUUUAGCAAGUGUAUGAUGCUAUGCUGUGUAACAAAGCUCCCGAAAGAAGACAUGGGGAAGGACUCGUACGAUGAGGCCAUUGCAGAACUGAGCAAGCUUCUCAGUGAACAAAGCAACCUCGAAGGUGUCGCCGCCGCAAAAAUCAAACAGAUAACGGCCGACUUAGAGACGGUCGGUUCGAAGGGGUUCAAUCCGGAUGAGAGGAUUCAAACCGGGUUCAAUCCGGAUGAGAGGAUUCAAACCGGGUUCAAUCACUUUAAGAAAGAGAAAUACGAGAAGAAUCCCGAUUUGUACGGUCAACUUGCCAAAGGGCAGAGCCCCAAGUUUAUGGUAUUUGCUUGCUCAGACUCCCGAGUCUGCCCCUCGCAUGUUCUCAAUUUUCAACCAGGGGAGGCAUUUAUGGUUCGAAACAUUGCAAGCAUGGUCCCACCUUAUGACCAGAAAAAAUACACAGGAGUGGGGGCGGCCAUUGAGUAUGCGGUGUUGCAUCUGAAGGUGGAGAAUAUUGUGGUCAUUGGACAUAGUUGCUGCGGUGGUAUAAAAGGGCUUAUGUCUAUCCCAGAUGACGGGACCACUGCUAGUGAUUUCAUCGAGGAUUGGGUCAAAAUCUGUUCAUCUGCAAAGUCUAAGGUGAAAACAGAAUGCACCGAUUUGAGUUUUGAGGAGCAGUGCAAAAACUGUGAAAAGGAGGCUGUGAAUGUAUCUUUAGGCAACCUGUUGACAUAUCCAUUUGUGAGAGACAGCGUGGUGAAGAAGAGCCUGGCUUUGAAGGGUGCACAUUACGAUUUUGUCCAUGGGAGUUUCGAGCUCUGGGAUCUUGACUUCAAAAUUUCACCAACUUCAGCUGCAUGAGCAUUCAGCUGCCGUCUCAUGUCAUGUCCGGUGUCCCUGCCCUAAAUUACGUCGUAUCUUACCUUGCUUAUCUAUAAAUGUCCUCAUAAAUAAUGUUCUCCAAAAGAUAAGAUAGUAUCUGGCCUGUAUUUGCCUUGAAUAAUUUAUGAUUUUCCCCUUCCAAAUGUAAUUUCUUCAUCUUCUUU